AUGAAUAUUAUUCCGAGUGUUGAGGAGAAAGCAAUCGGCGGACACAGUGUUAGUCAACGCAACAAAGUCUGGCUCUUUAGUCCACUUAUAUCUGUUGUGAUCACUUUAAUACUAUCGCUUUACUUUCGCAUUCAACUUCUGGGCGGAUCUCUUCCCAGAUUCACCGAACAGGAUAACCCAACCUCCUUCUCAAAGUCUAUAUUAACCAGAUAUGAUGCGACUAUUGUGCUGAUGAUUGUGUUGUCUGUGUUGACCUCCAGGUUCCUAACCUACAGCUAUCUGUCGUCAUUCAACGCCCGUCUCGUGCUAUCGCCGGUCACUCUGGCCUACGACUGGCAGAUGGGAAGUAUUCAACUCAUUACCUCCAUUUCCGACACCAGAAAUAUUUUUGCCUUAUUUUUGGUAUGGGUUUUGGCACUCAUUAUAUGGAAAAUAUACCACAACUCCAUGUCCUCUCAUGACGAUCAGGAUCUAUCCAAUAGAACAUUAUGUAUCGGAAUUAUAUUAUUAAUACUGCCAUACAUUCCGGCCUCCAAUUUGUUCGUAACCGUUGGCUUUGUUAUCGCUGAGAGAGUUCUCUAUAUUCCCAGUCCGACAGAACAGGUCGUGGAUGUCAAGAGAGGCACUCUUCGAGAUUUGGGAAAUAUUGAGCUGGCUAUGAAGCACUACACAAGUGCACUCAGAAACAAAUUCAUUACUUCAAAGCUAUACAUCUAUACAAAGAAAUAUCUGUUAAAAGUGGAGUGA